AUUAAGUAUUAUAUUUAUUUAUUAUUACAAACUCCACAUUUCCUGCCAAAUUUUCGGAUUCCCCACAAUUUUUUACCCGCUUCAUUUCGCUAUCCGGAUCCACCAUCGCCGUUCAUAUCCGCCGUCGUAACCUUCCGCCACACACACACACUUUACAAUCCAAUCCAAUUGAAUUGAAUGUUUUCUAUAAACCCUAAUUCUAUCUUCACCAAACCCUUAUCCACACCAUACCUACCACUUCCGGCCACCGUCCUCCGCCUCCGUGCUACCUCCGACAACCUUAUCUUUCCAACCAAUCUAUCCGCCGUAGCCAAUUCCUCUUCCGCUUCCGGAAACGACUUCGCCGUUGACAAAAACCGUAACCGGAAUUUAGGUAAUGAGUAUAAUAACGGAAAUGUUAAGGUAAAUGCAAAAGAGAGAUGGUCACGUGACAGAGAGAGUUACUUGACUGACGAUGACGAUGCUUUGCCGUUACCUAUGACGUAUCCGGAUACUUGCCCGGUUUCGCCCGAUGUUAUCGAUAAACGGUUACGUUGCGAUCCUUUGAUUGAGGAUUGUAAGCCAAUAGUUUAUGAAUGGACUGGAAAAUGCCGUAGUUGCCAGGGAUCAGGAUUCGUCAGUUAUUAUAACAAAAGGGGAAAAGAAGUUGCCUGCAAAUGCAUACCAUGCCAGGGAAUAGGUUAUGUCCAGAAGAUUACAGCACGCACAGACAUGAAUCUUAUGGAGGAUCUGGAUAAUGGAAAACCACCUUGACUCAAAGCUUGCAUCCUAUUGUGUUUGGGUUUUGGUGAGCUUACUGUUUCUUCAUUAAUCCACGGCUUAUUGUUCUAAUUUUCGAGCAACCAUAUAUUUUGUUAAACUUGAACAAGAAAAGACUGGUGAUUUCAGAUCGUAGAAAACCCAGUUACAGAAAAUGUUGGGAUAGAAUCAGGACAUGUAUUUAUUUUAACAUUAUGAAAAAAAUAAAGGUUAAUAUAUAGAUUUUUGAUCGUUCUUUA